GUCUGUCUACUGGCAACCUGAUUGACUGACACCACCAACGCCCAUAAAGUGGCAAUAUACAGGAAAUGAAACAAGCUGCUAGAAGAAGAGCCGUCUUUUUCCGUUAAGCCCGACCGGUUCAAUUGUUUCAGUGCGGUGGUCGUGAUUUUGGAGUGAAGCCUAUUGUAUAACUUCAUCUCUAUAGUUUUAGUCCUCUGAUGAAUCAAAUCAACUGUAUAAGUUAGCUGCUUUAUCACUGUGUAGCUAACUAACUCAUCCCUGCUUUGGACUUGAAACAACGUUGACUUCGACUAUCUGACUCCUGUGCAUCCGAAAAAUGGCAACCCAGAUCGAUAAAGAGGCUUGCAGAGAGGCUUACAACCAAGUCAGAGACGAUGGCACGGACGUCAAUUGGGCUGUGUUUAAAUAUGAAGGCUCUAUGAUCGUGCCUGGAGGACAAGGGACCGACUAUGAGGACUUCAAAAGGAUGUGCACAGAUGACUGUCGUCUCUUCGGCUUUGUCCGGAUCACGACGGGAGACGCCAUGAGCAAACGAGCCAAGUUCACCCUCAUCACCUGGAUUGGCGAGAACAUCAGCGGGCUGCAGCGUGCUAAGAUCAGCACCGACAAGGCUCUGGUCAAAGAGAUCGUGCAGAACUUUGCCAAGGAGUUCAUGCUCAGCGAGCCGAGGGAACUGGAUGAGGACUACCUCCGCACAGAGCUGAAGAAGGCAGGCGGAGCCAACUACGACGCUCAGGCCGAGUAGAGACGUGCCACAGUCCACUGGA